UCAGCCAGAAUAAACUUUCCAACAGAAUGGGAAACAUUAGGAAGUAGGAAUUCUUUCCCUCCAAAGGACACACAGAUGGAUCUCUCCAUAUUUCUGUUUGGGGUAUGACUUGAGUACUUUACAACAGGGGAUUGAUCUAUCAUAACCACAGACAGCCAUUAAAGCAUGUUUCUUAUCUAUUACAUAAACAUCACUUUCCUAAUACCCAUUCCCAGGCAUCCAUCUCCUUCUCCAAGUCCUCUCCUGGUCCUGGAGGAUCAUUCAGAGGGGUCUGUCGUGGUCGCAUUCACUGAGUGCUCUGAUAUUAAAGGAGCCGCUUUAGGACAUGGAUCCCAAAGGAGCAAGAGGGACCAGGAAGCGCCGCUGAUCUGCACAGAGCCCUUUGCCUGCUGCUGCCCCACAGGGAACAGGGAGCUGCUGAGGAGCCACAUGGUCCAUCCCUGGGUUCUCCAAGCACUCACUGCCCAUCCACUCUGACCACAGCCAGGGGCCACAUCCCACUGCCUGCCCACUGUCCAUCCAUGGAGGUGACCACCAUGUCCCCAUCUCCUGCCUCACCCACUGAAGGAGAUGAUCUGUGUGGGACAGAUGUCACCAGCAUGGCCACCCACAGUGUGACCCUGCUCGUCUGCCUCUGUGGGCUGGUUGGGAAUGGGGCUGUCAUUCGCCUCCUCAGCCUGAAGGGUGAUAACUUUUUCAUCCGUGCAUUGGCUGCCACCGACUUCCUCUUCCUUCUCCUCACAGUCCCCUCUGCCCUCAUCCUCCUGGUGGAGGACAUGUACUGCUCUCUUAUCCUGCCCGUACUGUACCUGCGUUUCCUUUUCCGACUCUCUUUGUUCUCCUGUUACUGGGUGCCGCUUUUGCUGAUGACUUUCAGCCUUUCAAUGUAUAUCAAAAAGCUCUUGAAGCGCUGCUGCCGCCGUGACCUUCCUAAUGAUCUACUUUGGGUGGUGAUGAUUGUCCAGUUUUGGGCUUUCUCUGCUCUCUUCGCUGAGAUUCCCACACUUAUAUCCCAGUGCCAAUCAAAUGAUCAGGAGCACUGCCAGGCAGCCCUUAUCGCCGUGUGGGCCAUCAUCCUGCUGCUCCUUGUCGCACCCAUAACUGUGCUGGUCAUUUCCAGCACAAUUAAUUUAAUUAAAGCCAAGUGGGGCUCCGAGCAGAAGCAAACCGAGGGGCUCGACAUCGUUAUCGUCUCCAUUGGUCUCUUCACUCUCCUUUUCAUCCUCUGCAAUUUCCUGCAGCAGCUUGGUUACAUUGCUGUGGCCUCCCAUUUCUUUUUCCUGCUCACCUGCAUCAACUGCAGCAUCAAACCCUUCAUCUACUUCCUGGCAGGGAGGUGCUGGAGGUCCUGCUCUGUGGAGUCCCUUCGGCUCUCCCUCGAGAGGGUCUUUGACUAG